AUGGUAGGAAACGGCGAGGUAGGAAACGCUCAGACAGAGGUACCUUAUGGGAAACUUUUGAAUCGACCAAUAAAUCUAUUGUAUCCUUUCGAAGUUGAUGAAGAAAAUCCUCUUGAUAUCAAUGAUGAAGAAAAUACAGGAAUUCAAACUAUCAAACUAUCAGGAGAUCAAAAAACCGAAAAAUUCCAUAGCGCGACGAACUAA